AUGCUGUGUCCUUUUUUGUCGACAUGCAGUCCAUCUGAGGAGGUAUUAGAAGAACUGGAAGCUUGUUCAUUGGUGCUUGAAGCAGGUCAACUCGACUUGAUGAUCCAAUCAGGUUCCGGUGAUUCCUUUUCUUCGCCGAAUCAACCGCAAAUUUCAAUUCGCUUGACUCGAGUUCGAGCCCCGCACGUAAAAAGGAUGCUUUUAUUCGUUCCACUCUUCAUUUAUGUUUGA